UAUCGUUCUUGAGCAAGUGACAAAAAACAACUUUGUUUAUUCUCUAAAAAGCAUUUUUCUUAUUGGAACGAUUGGCAGUCUCAGGUCACAUGACGAGGGUGAAGAAUUCCUGCCGCCCUAGUCACAUGACAAGAGUGUGAGGAUUCCCAUUGUAAUUAACCCGGAAGUCUCUCACGGUUUCCGUGAGGCUCCGUCCGGCUUUGCGGACUCAAGGAGAGAAAGGGGAUUUAAAACACACUUCUCGCCUAGAUCAGCAGCCCCCCUUUCCCCCCAAAAAAAGGUUAGGACACCCUCUUUCCCUUGGAACUGGAGCCGAAGAAGCGAUUUAUAGGUUUGGGGGAAAAAGUGAAUAGAAACGGACGAAGUACGGAGACAGAAAAGAUCUUUUCUCUGUGAGCCCUUGUUCUGUCCCCUCUCUGCAUGUCCUUUAUUCACUUUAGGGUGACCAGAAGAGAGAUCCCAGUGUUUGCCCACCUCCUCUGCCCGCAAUCCCAAGCUGUGGGAGCUUCUACGUUCCAGGUUGUUUCCACGCAGGUCUGAGGCUCCCUAUGCAGCACCACAUGAAAUGAAUAAAGCACCACAGCCUAUAGCAGGACCCCCCACAGUCCCCCAUCCCGCCCCCUCUCCUGGCCUUUCUCAGCAACCUUUUCCUUCGGGACAGCCUUCCGCUCCUGUCGUGUUCGCUACCCCCCCGACACAGAUGAACACCCCUCCACAGCCUCGGCAGUUUGCUGCAGGUCCUCGUGCUUUACAUCAGCAGGGAGGAUUCAGAUCCCUGCAGCCGUACUACGCUAACCGGCCGGCCAUGCCCAACAGCGCCACCCGUGUGCCGCCCAGCAGCGCGCCUCGGGCCGUGGGCCCCCACGUCUAUCCGACUGGCUCCCAGAUGAUGAUGCUCCCACCACAGCAAAUCCCCUUCCCCAACCAGCAGGGCGCUGCCUACUUCAUCCAGUCGGGACAGUACCGGCCGCAGUACGUGACCGCAACGCAGCCUUAUCCAGUGGCCCCCGGGACACCAGGCUUCUACCCAGGAUCCAGCCCUGCAGAAUAUGGUACUUAUGCUGGAGCUUAUUACCCAGCCCAGGGUGUGUCACAGUAUCCCCCCACUGUGCAGGCCUCAACCGUCAUGAUGAAUCCUGGCCCUGGCCAGCAGGCCCCCCCGAAACGGGAACGCAAGCAGUGCACACAGAUUAGAAUAAGAGACCCCAACCAGGGAGGCCGAGACAUCACGGAGGAGAUCAUGUCAGGAGGCAGGACGACUUCCACACCCACUCCUCCCCAGUCAGUAGUCUCGGGAUCUGAGGGUGGAAAUGCAGCCCAAGCUAAUGGAGAAAACAUUGCGCCUGUUUCCGUGGUGAUCCGACCAGAUGACAGACAAAAACCUGCUACUCCUGCUGCUACAACGAUAGCCUCCAAGCCCAGAGAGCUGGGCAAGACUGAAGCAGCGUUGGCCCCUACGGCGCCCCCUGUUGCUGAGACUAAGUCAGAUACGGACACUAAAGCAGCCCCCAUAGACACCGCUCCCGAGCCUCUGGGGGAGACCCUGGCUGACACUACUGCCCCAACUGCCCUCCCCACCAGUGACCGUGUGGACUCUCCCCCUGUUACAAACACUGCAGCCCCUGAUAAUGUUCUGCACGAAGAGUACCCCGUCACCAUGGAGACGGAGAAGAAAGUACAGGAGGAGGAAAUGGAAAUGGAGGUGGAGGUGGUGCACAAACCAGAGCAGAAAGCGACAGUGGCCACCCAACCCAUUGAAACUGCCCCCCUUCUGGAAGACGCAGCCAUGGAGCAGAUUUCUGCAACCAAUGGACUGAGCACAGCAGAGCCCGCUGUCCCCGAGGAGCUCCCUGCUGUAUCCCAGAAGGCCCCUGCUGCCCCGGCCUGUGAGCCCCCUGUGGACUCGCCCAUUGCUCAGCCUGAGGAGCUGAAACCGCUCGCCAAUGGGCUCGCUGCUCCUAGCGCACAGUAUCCCGAGGAGGCGCCUGAGGAAGCCCCCGAGUGUGACAUUAGCCCCAUCGCGGAGCCAGAGGUGGCUCAACCGCUGGAAGCUCCAGUUGUCGCAGCAACACCUGUGCCCCAGCUACCACCAACACAAGCUGAGGAGAGGGGAGACACCCCUCCGCCCCAGCCCAGCGUUGCACCUGGGGAGACUUCUGUGCAAGCUGCUGCUGUUUUGGUGCCAAAGAAGAAGAGGAAACUGAAGGAUCUGAAUAAAAAAGAGGCAGUGGGAGAUCUCCUGGAUGCGUUUAAGGAGGACCAGGUGAAGGAGAAUCGCCCUGAGCCAGAACAGGCACAGCAGGCUGUUGCCCCUCCUGAGAAUGAGGCAUCUCGCCCCUCCCAUGCUGAAGAGACUGAGGAGACCUGGGAAGAGAAGGAAGAUAAGCUGGACACGGAAAAUAUUGAACCUGAGCCUCUCAAACCUGGAGACCAGAAGUACCAGUACAAAGAAGAGCAAUGGAAGCCCAUUAAUCCUGAGGAGAAGAAGAAAUAUGACCGAGAGUUCUUGCUGGGCUUCCAGUUUAUUUGCGCUAGCAUGCAGAAGCCUGAGGGCCUGCCGCACAUCAGCGAUGUUGUGCUGGACAAGGCCAACAAGACCCCUCUCCGCCCCCUGGACCCCAGCCGGUUGACAGGGAUGAACUGUGGUCCUGACUUCACCCCCUCCUUUGCCAACUUGGGCAGGCAACCCAUGGGGGGACGUGGCCCGCCCUCUGGAAUGGGGCCACGCCGCUCUCAGCAGGGCCAAAGGAAAGAGCCACGAAAGAUCAUCGCCAGUGUGUCCCUCACCGAUGACGUACAGCUCAACAAGGCAGAGAAGGCCUGGAAACCAGCUAUGAAGAAGAUAAGCAAGGAAAAGGAAGAGGAUGAACCUGAGACUGCCAAGACGCAGGAGCUGUUCCGCAGGGUGCGCAGUAUCCUGAAUAAGCUGACUCCCCAGAUGUUCCAACAGCUGAUGAAGCAGGUGACAGAGCUGACUAUUGACACAGAGGAGCGCCUCAAGGGUGUAAUCGACCUGAUCUUCGAGAAGGCCAUCUCUGAGCCCAACUUCUCUGUUGCAUAUGCCAACAUGUGCCGCUGCCUUAUUGCGCUUAAAGUCCCCACAGCUGACAAGCCGCUGGUGACUGUGAAUUUCCGCAAGCUGCUGCUGAACCGCUGCCAGAAAGAGUUUGAAAAGGACAAAGACGAUGAUGAAGUCUUCGAGAAGAAGCAGAAGGAGCUGGAUGCAGCUUCAGUGGAGGAGAGGCAGCAUCUGCGGGAGGAGCUGGAUGAUGCCAAGGACAAGGCUCGGCGGCGGUCACUGGGCAACAUCAAGUUCAUCGGGGAGCUGUUCAAGCUGAAGAUGCUGACGGAGCCCAUCAUGCACGACUGCAUCGUCAAGCUACUGAAGAACCACGACGAGGAGUCGCUGGAGUGCCUGUGCCGCCUUCUCUCUACCAUUGGCAAGGACCUCGAUUUUGAGAAGGCCAAGCCCCGCAUGGAUCAGUACUUCAACCAGAUGGAGAAGAUCAUCAAGGAGAGGAAGACAUCUUCCCGAAUACGGUUCAUGCUACAGGAUGUCCUGGACUUGAGAAGGAAUAACUGGGUGCCAAGGAGAGGAGACCAGGGGCCCAAGACGAUCGACCAGAUCCACAAGGAGGCAGAGUUGGAGGAGCACCGUGAACAGAUCAAAGUCCAGCAGCAGCUCAUGUCCAAGAAGGACAGCCGCCGCGGGGGCCCUGGGGGGCCACAUCCCUCAGGACGCAGCACCCAGCCGCAGGAUGAGGGCUGGAACACUGUCCCCAUCUCCAAGAACAGGCCCAUCGACACCAGCCGGCUCAGCAAGAUUACCAAGCCUGGAGCAAUGGACUUCAAUAACCAGCUGCUGGCUCCAGGGGGCAGACUGAGCUGGGGCAAAGGCAGCAGUGGAGGCUCUGGGUCCAAGCCUGCUGAGCAAUCUUCUGACACAGGACGUCCUGCUACCAGUACACUGAACCGAUUUUCAGCUUUACAGCAGUCUUCGAUGCCUUCGGGCACGGUGUCUGGAGACAACGAAUCGAGAAGAGUUCCUCAGAGGAGCAGCUCCAGUAGAGACCGCGGGGAGCGCAGCGACAGGUUCGACCGCUCGGACCGCUUCGAACGCGGGGAGCGGGAUCGGGAUCGGUUCGACCGACGAGAGAGCGACAGGGAGAAGGCGUCCGAAAGGGGUGACAGGAACAGACCCCCCAUCACCAAGAGGAGUUACAGCAAAGAGACAGAGGACCGCAGCCGGGAGAGGGAGCACCGCGGCCCUGCUGACCCCUUGCGCAGAGUCGCCAGCAUGACAGACGACAGGGACCGAGGCAGCCGGGAGAGAGCCAGGAGCAAGGAGAGCGUGAAAAGGGAGCCCGCAUCUGCCCCCGCACCUGCGCCUGCCAAGCCCGCACUUAGCGAGGAUGAGCUGGAAAAGAAAUCGAAGGCCAUCAUCGAGGAAUAUCUGCACAUCAACGACAUGAAGGAAGCUGUGCAGUGUGUCCAGGAAAUGAACUCGGUAUCCUUGCUCUUCAUUUUUGUGCGGAAUGGCAUUGAGUCGACGCUGGAGCGCAGCACCAUUGCACGGGAGCACAUGGGUCUGCUGCUGUACCAGUUGGUCAAGGCUGAGACUCUGCCCAUUGAGCACUACUUCAAGGGACUGCAGGAGAUCCUGGAAGUGGCAGAGGACAUGGCUAUUGAUAUCCCACACAUCUGGUUAUACCUGGCUGAGAUCAUCACCCCCAUGCUGCAUGAGGGGGGCAUUCCCAUGGACCUGCUUUUCAAAGAAGUAUCGAAGCCUCUUGUUCCCCUUGGGAAGGCUGGACUCUUGUUAGUUGAGAUCUUGUCCUUGCUGUGCAAAGAAAUGAGCCAUAAAAAAGCCGGAGCUCUCUGGAGAGAAGCAGGGCUAAGCUGGAAGGACUUUCUGCCAGAGGAUGAGGACGUCAAUAAGUUUGUAACAGAAAAGAAAGUGGAAUUCACUUUGGGAGACGACUCUGAGAAGAUGAGCAAAAAGGAGCUGACUUCAGAGGAGUUGUGCCGACAGCUGGAGAGGCUGAUUAAGGAGAAGGCAGACAACCAAAGAAUUUAUGACUGGGUUGAGGCUAAUCUGGAUGAGCAGCAGGUUUCUUCCAACAUGUUCAUCAGAGCAGUGAUGACAUCAGUGUGUCAGUCUGCCAUCAUCUAUGAGAACCCGUACAAAGUGGAUACUGAGCAGAUCACGCAGAGAGCCAAGCUGCUGCAGAAGUACCUCGCAGAUGAGCAGAAGGAGCUGCAGGCUCUCUAUGCGCUGCAGGCCUUGAUGGUGAAGCUGGAGCAGCCAGCGAAUCUGCUGCGGAUGUUCUUUGACACAUUGUACGAUGAAGACGUAAUAAAGGAGGAGGCCUUCUACAAGUGGGAAUCGAGUAAAGACCCAGCGGAGCAGCUGGGCAAGGGUGUUGCUCUCAAGUCCGUCACUGCCUUCUUCACAUGGCUCCGUGAGGCUGAGGACGAGUCUGACAACAGCUAGGCUCCCUGGCGCCCUCUGCAGAGUAGGAGGGCCGGAGCAGGGCAAGAGGGAGAGGCAGAGGACUUUUUCAAAAGUGGCUUACAUUAACAGUUUGGUGAAGAAACAAUCCUUCUCCGGCACAAAUUGGACAGCUGGAGAGAUCCAAUAGAUCGGCAUACGAUCGUUUAAUUUUUUUAGUUUUUUUUUCUGGCGAAUGUCUUUAACAAACAAAAUAAAAUGAAAACAAUUUAAAGAGGAUGACAAAACAGACUGUGGGGGUGCAAUUCCUUCAGUGUAUCAAGAGUUUUAUCUUUUGUUUUAAAGCAUCUCGACAUUUCAUGAUGUCCGAUAAAAUCCUGAACAGAAAUCGAAUCAACUAAGGCUGCUCUUUUCAGUAUAUGUGGCGCUCUAAUACUUAUGUAGGUGGUUAUUAUAUUUUUUUUAGGUGUAGGAUGAUUGGAGUGCGUUUUUUUAAUAUAAAGGAAAAUUAAAAAUGCAAAAAAAGGGGAAGGGGACAGUCGAUGUUGCUGGAACUUUCCAGGAAGGAGAUGGGAAUGCGCCUGGAGAAGCAGGAACUUGGAUUCCAUGUGACAGUGUAAUUGUGGGCGUGGCUGAGACAGGACUGGACAUGUGAUUUGCCAGGAGGCUCCGCCCACUAUCCUUUCUCACAACUGCCCCUUUUGUUUUUUUUUUCGCCUACACUUAACAAAUGGGCAGGGGGGAGGGGGGCAGGGGGCUUAACAGCCUUGAACAAGCCUGUAGUGGAUUUUAAAGAUACAGAGAAUCAUUGUUAAAAAAACUUGAAGAUAUAUAGAAGUAAAUCUUAAAAAUAAACAGUACAGAAGCUUGAGACAUU